CAGCAGCAGCAGCAGGCGGGACACCGGACCAGAGCGCAGACAUGAAGCUCCUCGUGGUGGCGCUGCUGUGUGCGGCCGUCUCGCGCGGCCAGCCGGCCGGCUGGAGCGGCGCGCUGGCCGGCUGGCAGCGCUGGAGCCGCGCCGCCACCUCCCCGCACACGUUCGCCGACAGCAUCGGCCGCUCGGCGCGCUCGCAGAGCGCCCUGCUCGGCGUCACCGACAACCAGUACCGCUACAUCGACGCCGAGGGCACGGUGCGCACCGUCAAAUACUGGGCCGACACGCCCAGCCUGCGGUCGUCCGGCGCGCACACUCAGCACAGCCCCCAGCUGCGGAUGGCGGCGCCCGCACCGGCGCCCGUCCAGGACACACCCGAGGUGGCCGCCGCCAAGGCCCAGUUCCUGGCCACGUUCCGGAUGGCCCAGCAGGGCGUGAUACCGGCGCCCGUCCAGGACACACCCGAGGUGGCCGCCGCCAAAGCCGAGUUCAUGGCCAAGUUCCGCGCCGCUCAGAGGGCCCAGCGGAAGAGACGGUCCGUGACGGUGGGCCUCAGCCAUACACCAGCCUCAACGGCGCUGCUGCCAGGAGCCUACUGGAGUCCACUCUACUGAGAUGCUGCCAGGAGCCUACUGGAGUCCACUCUACUGAGAUGCUGCCAGGAGCCUACGGGAGUCAACUCUACCGAGCUGCUGCCAGGAGCCUACAGGGGUUCACACUAUUGAGUUGCUGUCAACAUUCUAUUGUAUUCUCAUGAGCUGCUGUUAGCAACAAUCAGCGAUGUCUAAGGUGUGCUAGAUUCAUGCCAGUGAAUGUUUGCACUAAAUGUUGCACUAAAUGCACUAAAUGUUGGUGUGACAGGCUGC